AUGCAACAACAAGGUCCUCGUGAUUGCCAUAUCGCGCCAGUCAUGCUCGUACUUCUGCCGGUGCAUUUAUUGACCUAUUUCAACUCUGAGGAGAUGGGAGAGCCGGCGGGUAACAGCCAAGUGCUUCCGACGGGUGAAUCCGGAGAUGCUAUUAUGGCGGUAUUGCAGAUCCUUGGGAAAGUUGGUACUUUCUAUAAUCAGUUCUUGGCCACAGGUAGUAUCGACACUAUCGACAAGGCCAUCUCAGGGCUUGAACCUCUCUUAUUGCACAUGAAGCAAUUGAGGUCAGACCUGGUAAACCCCCCCAACAGGAUAGAGCCAGAUACUGAUUCUAGUGAGCGGGGACUAACGCCAACCCCACCCCAUGAUGAUGCUACGGAUCGGGAAUCGCACAACUUGAAUCUCAUGAAAAUCAGAUAUGAUUACUUUGUGGAGGAUGUUGAUGCUCGCAUUACCCUAGCUGAGGAGACGGUAGCAACUACGCCGAAAGGCCACCCUGAUCGACCGGUAGCGCUGAACGAGCUGGGCAACUCUUUGUGCUAUCGGUACGAUCAAUCUGGGGAGGUGGAGGACCUCAAGAUGGCCAUUAUGCACCUCGAAGAAGCAGUGGAGACAGUUCCGAUGAAACACCCCGAUCGGCCAGCCAUGCUGAACAACUUAGGCAAUUCUGCUAUGAGCCUAUUCGAGCGGUUUGGAUCUUUGGAAGACCUUGACAGGGCCAUUGAACGAAGGCAGGAAGCAGUCGAGGGAACUCCCGUCGGUCAUCCCGAUCGACCAGUCAUACUUAGUAACCUGAGCAUCUCGUUUAACGCACGGUACGAGCGCUUGGGGUUCUUGGAAGACCUUGAGAGUGCCAUCACGAUCAGCGAAGAAGCAGUUGCAGCAGUUCCGGAAAGCUAUCCCCGUCGAGGAACUAUACUGACCACCUUGGCUAGCCAUCUUUGCGAUAGGCACAAGCGAUUGGGGAGGUUAGACGACCUUCAAAAGGCCAUUGAAAGCAGUGAGCAAGCAGUUGCGAUAACACCAGCAGGACAUCCCGAGCUCUCAAGCCGAUUGAACAACCUUGGAAAUCAACUUGCGUAUAGGUAUCAGCGGAUGGGAACAUUGGAAGACCUUGAGAACGCUAUUGCGCGAAGUGAGCAGGCGGUGGAGGCAACAUCACUGUCUCAUCCAGAACUCGCAAGUCGGUUGAAUAACUUGGGCUACCGCCUCAGGGAUAGGUUCGAGCGUUUGGGGCAUCUAGAGGACCUCGAAAAGGCCAUUAGGUGCAGCGAGCAAGCGGUAGAGAAAACGCCAUUUGAUAAGCCUAGUCGAGCGGCUCUGUUGAGCGGCCUUGCGACCUGCCACAGCUUGAGAUAUCAUCGGUUGGGGGCUUUAGCGGACCUUGAAAUGGCAAUCAAACUCGAGGCGGAAGUUAUUGAGUUAACACCAAAAGCACAUACGGACUGGCCUCUUAGGCUCAUGAACCUGGCCCACCACUUGGAGGAUAGGUUCUGGCCGUUGGGGAAUUUGAACGAUCUUGAUAAGGCCAUUGAACUAACUGUAAAGGCAGCGAGCGCAACUCACCCAGGCGACCCUUCUCGGGUAGUCAUGUUUGGUAACCUAGGCAGUUAUUUCCACAGCAGGUAUCGUCAAUUGGGGGAAUCGGAGGACCUGAAACUGGCCAUUCAGUGGGGUGAGCUGGCAGUUGGGGGAACACCAGAGAACCACCCGGGUCGGGCAGACUGGCUGAGCAACUUGGGCAACUGCAUGAGUGACAUGUACGAGCGGUCCGGGGUGUUUAGGGACAUUCAGAGGGCCAUCGAAUUGUGUAGAAACGCUCUUGAGGGCACACCAAAGGAUCACCCAAGGAGAGCAAGUAUCUUAAGCAACUUAAGUCAACAUCUUACCACCAGGUAUCGUCGGAUGAGGUCACUGGGAGACAUCAACAGGGCUGUUGAAUAUAGCAAACAGGCACAUGAAGCAACACCGGCCAAUCACCCACUGUAUGCCACAAUAAAGUACAACUUUGCCGAUGCACUGGGGAAUAGGUUCAGCGGGACAGGGAAAUCGCUGGAUCUCCACAGGGCUAUAAAACUGCUUGAAGAGGCAGUAGAAGCACUUUCCCCGGAGCACUUCCAUCACAGUACCAUGCUGCAACGGCUUGGCCACCUUUUAGCUUUAGGAGGGCCCUCUACCGUCGAAGAGCUUCGUUACGCCCUUGAUAUAAAUCUCAGAUCUUGGAAUUGCAAACUCUUGGAGCCAGGUCUACGAGUCAACGCAGCCAGCUCUGCUGCCAGAAUCUAUUACAGCUUAGGAAAAUGGAAAGAGUCAUCUGCGCUCUACGAUGAUGCGGUCAGAUUACUUCCACAAAUCAGCCAACGGCGACUGGCACGAGAUGAUCAGCAGUAUCGCCUGCUUGGCUUUAGUACACUCUCGACAGCCGCUACAGCUAUAGCUCUACAGGCUGGAUCAGAACCGUCUCAUUGUCUUGAGUUACUUGAACUUAGCCGGGGAAUCACAGCAGGUCUUUCAAUUGACUACAGGAGUGGCUUUUCAGAGCUCCAGAAGCAAUAUCCGGAUAUUCACAAAAGGUUCAACAUCCUCCGUAAUAAUAUAGACUCCCCCAUGGAUUACUCAAGAUCCGAUCGGAUCAACGCCUUCGUUAACAACAAUGAGAGUAUUGGCUGGGGUCCCAGCCGACAAAGAGAGAAAGAUAUUGAAGAGUUUGAGGCGUUGGUAACUUCUAUUCGAAAGCUGGCUGGUUUUGGAAGAUUCCUUCAGCCACCCCUUGCGGAAGACUUGAUGAAGCUCGCCGAUGAGGGCCCAAUUAUUAUCCUCAACUGCACCGGUCUACGAAGCGACGCCAUCCUUGUUACACCUUCCGCUACCAAGGUCCUACAACUCCCGGGGCUUCAAUUCGAAGAGGCAGGCAGGCGAAUGAAGCAAUUCAGUCGGAAAUUUACUAGAGGCAGGAUCAGUACAUACCCGUCAAGGAACGCUGGGUUGGAGGAGCUACUUCUGUGGCUGUGGGAUGUCGCCGUAGGGCCCAUUUUUGAGGAGUUACAACUUGUUCCCAUCGAGGGUGAUUCUAUCAGCCUGCCUCGAGUGUGGUGGAUUGGUGUGAGCACACUGAGUAUGUGGCCUUUCCACGCAGCCGGGGACCAUUCUCCAGGUUCCACACGGAAUACUCUUUGCCGUGCCAUCUCUUCAUAUACUCCAACGCUUAAAGCCCUAUCCUACGCACGGGAGAAGCAAUUCAGCCUGCCAAGUAGUGAUUCUAGGCCUAGGCUUCUACUAAUUGCCAUGCCGGAAACACCCGAGCAUAAUCCAUUGAGCACUGCGUAUGAGGAGGUUACGGCAAUCAAUACCCUGGCAAAGGAAGUGGCUACCACAGAGGUCUUGGACAUGCCGAGCGCUGCUAAAGUUCUUGAGCGACUCACCCAUUGCGAUGCCGUCCAUUUCACCUGCCACGGUGUAUCAAACAGCAGGAAUCCGUUGGAGAGCCACCUAGUUCUCUGCAAAGACCGCGGCCUAGAGCCCAACUCAGGGACAGUCGACAAAUUAACUGUUGGGGCCGUCUCGAGCAUAACCGUCAAGACUGCACAGAUAGCCUUUCUCCCAGCUUGCUCCACGGCCAGGAAUGAUGCACAUUUGCUGGCCGACGAAUCCGUACAUAUCUCUAGUGCUUUCCAGCUUUCCGGCUUUUCCCAUGUGCUUGCAACACUAUGGGAAACGGUCGAUCAUGCCCCUCUACAGGUUUCCUGUGAUUUCUAUCAGUCCUUAUUUAACGGCGGGCAUACUAGCAGCGGGGGCUUCCUGACAAGCAGUGACGGCGGACACCGGAAGGUCAGCGUGGCCUUCCAUAAAGCUAUUAAAAAGCUUCGAGAUGAGAACUGGAGGCAGCCGCUACUAUGGGCGUGUUUUAUCCAUACCGGGGCUUGA